AUGUCUCAAAACCAGUUCCAUCACUAUAUACCUCGCUUUAUUUUAAAGAACUUCUCAGAUAAUUUCCAGUUAAGACCUUCUUACAUUUUCUCACCCAAUGCUUCAGGCAGCUUUGUACAAGAGCCCUUUCCCACAAACGGCCCAGUCGGAGGAACUAACAAGAGAGGCAACAAGAAAACCAGAAGGAAGAAAAGCAUAGGGAGUAACAUAAGAAACGGCGGAAAGGGUGACAGAGAAGAUGGCCAAGAGAUCGAGAAGCAGGCUUCCGACAAGGAUUUUCCGAUUAAUGUGUAUCGAACAUUGGAGGAAACAAUCACACUGAAUGACAUUAGCAGAAUAUACGGCAUCCAGAACAUGUACAAGGACAUUGCAGAAGAAGAUAGUAUGAAGUUUGAAAAGCUUCUCGGCAAGUUGGAGUCUACCUCUGCACAAUUUGUUCAUAAGAUUCGGUCAGGCGAAGAAUUGACCCUAACACGGACACAACUGACAGAGUUCAAGAAGUUCUUGGCCAUCAUGACGUACAGGGUCGAGCACCGGAGGGAUCAAUAUUACGAGUGUAAAUUCGAUGCUAGGACGCUACUAUCCCUUCGGAAACACAUGCUCCAUAACAACAUUGACAGGGUUCAAGACGUGUGGUUCGAAAAUCUCAAAUGGAUCAUCAAGACUUCUCAUGAAGAAUUUAUUGAAGAAUACCACAAAACCCAUGAUCAAGGAAACCCUUACGGGAUUUCAUCGUCUUACAAAGGACCUAUUCAUGUCCUAGAGCUUUUAGACUAUUUUCACACGAUUUACAGUUACGUAUGCGUAUGGCAGGCGGAGGAAGGAUCUGAAUUCAUCCUAUCAAAUAAUUGCUUUGGUACGUUCGAAGGUGAUAACGGCCUCAUUUUCCAGCACUUCUAUGUUGUGUCUCCGAAAUACGCCGUCGUUCUCACGAAUCGCAUGUACAUGUGGGGCAACACGAUGAAGGACAUGACCAUCCGAGAAUCGUGGUUUGGGGAUGAGCUCCGCCUCUUUCCAGAAACUGUCUACUUCAAAAAGUCCGUGAAGAGCCCGGAAGAUUACGAUCCAAAGGACGUAUUCAAGUACCAAAGGCUUGUCGCUUCAAAAGAGAAUGUACAUUUCUGUAACUCCAUCCUCUUGGACACAAAGCCCAAGUAUAUUACCUAUAAAUCCAAUCUCUGUAUGUACAAGACUUUAAGGUACUAUGACAAGGCGAAAAAGCAUCUGUCUCAUUCGUUUCCCAACGGACAUAGUUAUCUCACCCUGAAGCGCGAGGUUUUUGCCAAGCUUAAAGCUGAGAUGAACAGAACACAUCGUUCCUGA